AUUAUCAUAGCUUCCUGUAUGUGACGCUAUAGUUCGCGGUGGUGAAUGGACGCAAAAUGUUGAUUAAAUUCAGUUAAAAACAGACUUUGAGUCUUGAUAAAACAUUACUGUUAUUUUCAGAAAAUUUUUGACGCUACAAUUCUAUUCCAUUUUUAUUGUAACAGAUAACUGGUUUUAGAUUUUAAGUCUUAUUUAGUCAUUGCGAUGUUUUAUCCUGGUAGAUGUUGUACUUCCUAAUUAAAAAUAUGCAUUGAGAGGUGAUUCUCAUUUUGUUUCCAUACCACCGGAUAUUCAAUAAAAAAAAUUAUUUUGAUUAUUACUCUACCCUUAUUCAAUAGCUAAAGAUUAUGCUCAUUUCAUACUGUGGUAAUUAUCGACAGCAAUAUUUGUUAAACUCCCACUUAUAUAGGAAAACUUGCGAGCUCAUUAUAUAUUGAGGUAUAAAAUGCUUCUAGAAUAAUUGAUUGGAACAAGAUAACAAGAAACUCUUUACUUUUGUUUCAAUUCUACAUUUAAAAAAAAUGGAUUCAGAUGAAGCCAGUAAGAGACCAGGAACAAGGGUCUUCAAGAAAAGUUCACCGAAUGGAAAAAUCACAGUAUACUUGGGCAAAAGAGAUUUUGUAGAUCACAUUACACAUGUUGAUCCUAUAGAUGGUGUCGUCCUUGUUGAUACUGAUUUUGUCAAAGAUCACAAAGUUUUCGGACAUGUUUUAGCAGCAUUUGUUUAUGGUCGAGAGGAUCUUGAUGUGCUGGGAAUAUCUUUUAGAAAAGAUCUAUAUUUAGCUUCUGAACAAAUCUAUCCACCUGAAGGUGAAUCAAAGCGUCCAUUAACAAGAUUGCAAGAACGCUUAAUUCGCAAACUAGGCCCUGAUGCCCAUCCAUUUUUCUUUGAACUACCACCACAUUGUCCUGCCUCUGUAACGCUACAACCAUCACCAGGUGAUACUGGCAAGCCUUGUGGUGUAAAUUAUGAACUAAAAGCAUAUGUUGCUGACAGUGUUGAUGAAAAAGCUCAUAAAAGAAAUUCCGUUCGCCUAGCCAUUAGAAAAAUCAUGUACGCUCCAAGUCGCCAAGGUGAACAGCCAAGUGUUGAAGUCAGCAAAGAUUUUAUGAUGUCACCAAAUAAGUUGCAUUUAGAAGCAUCACUUGACAAAGAGUUGUAUUCUCAUGGGGAAACAAUUGCUGUUAAUGUGCAUAUAGCUAAUAAUUCUAAUCGAAAUGUUAAAAAAAUAAAAGUUUCAGUGCGACAGUUUGCUGAUAUUUGUUUGUUUUCUACUGCACAAUAUAAAUGCACAGUGGCUGAAAUUGAGAGCGAAGAAGGUUGUCCAAUUGGACCUGGAUUUACUCUUUCAAAAGUUUAUUACCUGAGACCUCUUCUAGCUAAUAAUACCAACAAACGUGGCUUGGCUCUUGAUGGCCAGUUGAAACAUGAAGACACAAAUCUUGCUUCUUCAACUAUAAUUUCUGAUGCAACACAGAAGGAAAAUCUAGGUAUAAUUGUUCAGUACAAGGUCAAAGUCAAGUUAUGUCUUGGACCACUUGGAGGUGAUUUAGUUGCAGAAUUGCCAUUUAUUCUGAUGCAUCCUAAGCCAGCAGAUGAUCCUCCUCCACUACCAGCUAGAAAUGCCGGUGCUAUAACCAAUGCAGGAGAUAGUGAAAAUCAAGGAAUUGAUACUGAUCUUAUUCGUCUUGAUACGGAAGCAGGUUUGGAUGAUGGAGAUGAUGAUCUUAUAUUUGAAGAUUUUGCUAGACUCCGUUUGAGAGGAGAAACUGAUGCAUAAUCUUUUUGAGGCACAAUAUUUAUUUAAUGUGUCCUGUGUUUGCAUUUUUAAUUAUGCAUUAAUGUAUGUGAGAUUUGGAGUGUGUAUACAUUACCAUGUACAUAUGCAAGCACUGGCAUGUAUAUACAUACAUAUAUAUGGAAGUAUAUUUAUAAAUGUAUGUGCAUAUGUAUAUGGUUUAGACAGAUGGUGUUUCUGCCUGUCUAUGUGUAAGCACUUGGUAUGCAUAUUUGUAUAUUAUGUUGUUUUAUGAGUUUUCAUCCUUUGUAUUGCAGAGAAUGUUCAAUGCUGAGUCAUCAAAAGUUUAAUGUGGCAGUUGAGCACUGAUUAUUAUGAUUUCCCUCGAGUUUGUUUAAAAGUUGUAUAAAUUAUUUUCGAAACAUUCAAGUUAACAUUAUAAGUUAGUAUUACGCUAUGUAAACAAUGUUUAAUUAUUUGCUUUCUUUAAAAUUUUAUUUGCAAACAGUUGUCUUUGAGGGGAAAAAAAAUGCUCUGGAAGAAAACAUUAUUUAUUGACAUCUUUAAUAAUAGAUCUGUAUAUUGUGAUAUUUUUUAAAGAUUCCAAAAUACCUCUGAAUGUGUUAUUCCUUCUACAAUUUAUAUGUAUCCACCUUCGACUUUUUAACGUUUGUUUAAUUAAAAUAUGAGAUAAAUAGGAAGCUGCCAUUUUAUUGUACAUUGCUGAAAUGUUAAUUUUCCUUUUAAAUUCGUAUUAAUAUGUACUUUUCUCGUCACUGUUGAAUUGAGGUUGGAGCAAAUCUAAAAAUAAUUUACUAUCAUAUAAUUUUUAACUGCGUGUAUAUCUGGAUAAUUUUUUUUAUCUGAAUAGCUGCGUUAUUCUAUAAUUUAAAGUUUAUUUUUUGAGGAAAUUCGUUUCGUCAUUGCAUAGAUUUAUUGCAAAUAUUCAGCCAAAAAAAAACUCGGCGCUUAAAAAAACUUGCCAUGUUAACAUUUGUCCCUUAUACUUACAGAAGUUUGAGUUGUUAUAUGAAUUAUGAGGAGCCCAAAAGUUACAGUGUUCGAGGAAAUUCCACAGUGACACUCAUAUUAAUAAGAAUUUUCCCAGGCCAACUGAAAAGGACCUUUCAUUAAUGUUAAAGCAUAAGAACAAAUUUCUUUGUUUAUGAUGUAUAUAAAGCAGUGCUGUAGUAAUUUUUUUGUAUGAAGUGAUAAUUAUGUGUAGGAACUCUGAAUGUUGUAUCAUUAUCAACACAGAUUAUAGUAUAUUUAGAAAUAUGUGCUAAGACUUAUUUCCUUGUACAUAUUGCAAUAAAUGGACCCAAUAAAUAUAUGUAUGGCAAAAAUAUUUAAUGAGCCGUUUUUAUUAUAUGUGGUUAAAUUUCACUUGUAACACUGGUGAUCUUUUUACAUUGUUUGGAUUUACUUGUUUGGUGUGAAAGAUGCAUUUUAAUUCAUCACUUAAGUCAAUAAUCAGAAGCUCAACUGCUUGUUUACUUGUAUAAUAUUAAUGUAUUGCCUGUUUACACACACACACACACACAUACACACAAUGAUACAUGCACACAUGUGCAUAUAUUUCUAUGAAAUAAAAUUCAACUGAUGUGAAAUUAAUAAAAGUGUUGUGAGUUCUUUUUGAAAAGGCGCAAGGGACUUUGAUUAUUCUCAUUUACUCUACUGUUGAAUGAGUAUUGCUGUUUUGGCAUAUUUAAAAAUUGACAGUUGCGUUCAGUGUGUCAUAAAAUGUUUCCUUAAUGAUAAUCAUUCGUAUUAUGAAUAGGUUUUAAAGAUUAUUGAAACAAUUGACUGUAUGUUAAACUUAAAUAAUGAUCUAUAAUAAUUAUCUAAAACAUUUUUAUAUGAUAGGGAAUUUUUGAUUGAUAAUUCUUGCAGAAACAAGUCUUUAUACCUUUCUUUGUGACGACUGGUUUCUUUUAUUUAUUCACAAGUAUAGACAGUCAAAUAAAGCCAUUUAGUCAUAUUUGGCUUUGAGUGAAACUUUGCGAUUCCAUUUCAUUUUAUAACUUCCAAAUGUUGCUAAUGAGAAAUUUGUUUUAUUCCUUUUAGUUUUAUGAGCUCAUUUCUCUGUACAAAUUGUUAAAAGUAAACUUUGAUUUAUAAUCACUUUGAAAUUUUGAUAUUGCCUUUUUAAGAAGUAAGAUAAUAUAUUUAUUUUAGCAAAGAGUUAUAUUAUUACCAAAAAAUUUUUUUUAUAUACCUUGUCAGAUAAUUUUAUUAUAAAAUUUCGUAAUUUAUAGCCAAUUUGCGCAUUAAUAUGGUUUUAACUUAUAGAAUUAUAAUGAGAUUUUAGAGACCCAUUUCAUUAAUCCGAGUGCUAAAAAUGUUAAGGGAAAAACGCUCAUAUACUUUCAUAAAUUGUAAUGACUGGGUUAUUUUUUCCCCAUUCUUUUUAAUUUUUCAGUUUUUAUGAACUUAACCUUAGUGCAUGUUUUCAAUUCUGUUCAUAAGAAAAUAAGGAUAUUAACAUUCCUUAAAAGCAGAGUUAAAAUUCUAUAACCUAUAGAUAUAACAUAAUUUGAUAUGUUUCCUCAUGUGUAAUGCUAACAAACAAGUGAAUCAAAAUAAUCAGAGUUCCCUUAAUAACAUAAUGUGUACUUUCUGAAUUUUGAUAUUAGUUAGUUAUAGAUUCUAUCAAUUACUUAAAAAAUGCUUCUAUUGGAAUUGCAAACUAUUUAAUAAAUUUUUAAGACUAUCUGGAUAUAACACAUAAUAUGUAUCAUUAUAUACACUUAUGUGGAUGUAUAUGUGGAUGUGACUUUCAUUUUUUGAUGUGUGUGUUUUAACUUGUCUUGUAUUAGCCUUCAUUGUAUUCUUCAUAUAAAAAGUUAUUUAAUGUUACUAGUCUUUUUCCUAUGCUUACAAAUGAAAACAAAAUGAUGUGACAUGCUUUCAUAACAGGGGUGUUGAUAUGAUUGCUACUUAUUGUCUUGCGAUCUAAAAAAUAUUGCAGCAGCUUGAUAGCAUAAAUAAUUUUCUCAAAACGAAAUCAUUUUUGUACUUUGUUAUAUAUAAUUUAUAUAUUUGCUUUUUCUGAAUUGGUUUCAAAUUUGAAUUUGUUUGCAGCUAUCUAAUUCACUUAAUUUUUUAAUCGCUUAUGUUUCUAUUGAAAAUUGUCAAAUCCUAUAAAAUAGAUUUCUCAUAUAUAUUAAAGUUACUAAUAUUAUAAGAUUUGCCUUGAAGUGAAGGAAACGUUUUGAUUUAAAAAUCUUUUUAGAUUUUUCAUUUCUUUAAUUUAAUUUUUGAAAGAAUUCUACAAAGUCGAGGGAAAAUUAUCUUACUCACCCCUGUUAUAUUUUAUGUGAGAUUUGUGCAAAUUUCUUUUUCUAUUAGAUUGCUGUCAAAUUACUAAGGCACUAAUGUUUCAUCUUAAUGUAUUUUUGUCAAUUUUUUUUAAAUCAGGUGCUGUAGAGUUUUAGCUGGAAAAAUUACCCUAAUCUUGUGGAAAAUAUUUUAUAUGGUUCACAGGGUAUUUACCAUUUAGCUCCCAGUCCAGUUGUUGUCCUUGAAUUAAAAAAAUGAAGAAACUUUGACACUUAAGGGCAAAUAUAGUACAGUGUGGUAUAUUCUGUAUGGGCUGGUCUGUAGAUGUUUCUUGUAUCUUUGUAUAUGUGAAAGUGUAUUUUUUUCAGAUGUUCUAAAGUUCAGUGUUAUAUGCUUACCCGCCUCUCUCAGUUAUGUACAUAUUCAGAAAGAUCAAAUUGUUAAUUUUCCAAAAAUAAGCGUUUUAUAUACCAUUGUAGUUUUUUUAUGCAUUUUAAAUUAUAGUUCAAUUAAUGAUUCGGAAAUUAGAACAUUUAAAAGUAAGCCGUCUAAAAAUUUAUGCAUAAUUUCUUAUGUAUAUGAAUGAAAAUUUUAAGAUUUACGGAUUUGUUUCUGGUUGUAUAAUUCCUUCCCUGAAUGAGAACUUUGCUUUCAGAAGCUUAAUAUAUAUGGAAAUAGGGAGUGUAUUUGACAUGUCUUUUUUAUGUGCAUUUAAAAAUUAAUAUCAUGUAAAAUUUGACCUAAUUGUAUAAGCAUAUAUAGCGAAAAUUUGAAAAUUUUUCAAAUUCUGAAAAUUUAUACACUGAGCGGUUGCUACAAAUGAGCUGUUUGAAUUUUCUUUGGAGUUUCUUAGUUGACGAAUAAUGCCUACUGCUGAUUAUGAAUUUUUAGUUUUGUCAAAUAUAGCUGUAAACUUUAUUUCAUUUACUUCAGAAAUCAUUCGCCUGUAGAAGUUUUAGAAUGCAUUUAAAAACUUGACCAUGCAGAAUUUAUGAUAACUGCAGAAAACUUAUGGCGAUAAUUAUAUGCAUAGAAUUGCAAUUCAUAUCCUGUAGAUAACAAAUACGUUUGCUAUUUUAUGAAGUUCUUGUAAGUUUUUUUAUGGUGCUAUUUUUAUUAAGUUUCGUUUUAUGUGUAUUUCCUUUCAUUAAACUGCUUUCUUCCUUUCAUAUAAGAAAAGGUGUAUAGCGCUGUAUUAAGUUUGCCACCAGUAUAUCUCUUCAGUGUCAGUUAUUCUAAAAUUAUCUUCGAGUAUCUUGAUUUAGUUUUUUGAUGUUAAAUGGAAAACUAUGUUCUUUUUAAUGUCACAUAAUAGUGCAACUGAAAAGACGUCCAAUUUGGCCCUUUUCCAUGAUUAAUAGGAUAUCAUCCUCUCAAUGUCUUUGAAGUGAAGAUUGUAAUUUUUUGUUCUUUCAUGAUUCGUGAAUUCAUCUACCAUCAGAUUUUUCUCAUUAAUCAAACUUUUCUAUGAUUGUAUUAUAUUUAUAAGCUAAACAUGCAUUUGAAUGCAUGUUCACAAUUUUUACAUGUGUUUGAUGCUAUUCAUAUAUAUGAGAAACCCUUUAAAUAUAUACGCUUGGCUCCCAAAAAAUCAUUUUACAUCUCUAAUUUGAAUUUAUAUGCGUAUUUUCCAUCCCUCCAUGUUAUAAUCCAACAUUUUUUUAAAUCUAUUCCUUUACAAUACGAAUUUCUAUUAAUGGGUUUUGAAUUGUAAUUGUCUUCCAUUUCUAUUCAUUUACGUCUUUAUUCACUCAUUCAAGAAUAUUUUCUGGGUGAGUUAAUAUAAUUUUCAACUGAUGUAUUAAAUAAAACUUGUAUUUCAGUUAAACGCAUGCAGGGAAGUUGGAAGUGGAGAUAUUCAUCAUGCAUUUUUAUCUGUAAUUUCUUCUUUUAUUUACCUCAUUUUUUAAAAAACUUUUUUUACGGAAACCUUUUUGUUAACUAUUAAAUUUCUCUGACAGCAUUUUCUAAAAUAAGUUGCCCAUUAGUGCCAUAUUAUACUUUUCAGUGACCUGCCAAAUUUUAGUUCGCAGUUUUAUUAAAUUUUCAAAUGAGUGGCAAUUAAACAUUGAUAUAAGCCUUCAGAAAACCUUUGAUGUUGGUAACAAUUAUUCAUUAGUAUGUCAUGGUUUGAUGUCCCAAAAAGGAUAAUUAGGUAAUUCUAAAAAUGUAAUGACUUAUGACAUGAGAUUUGCUAUACAUACUACUGCUUGGCUAUACUGUAUGAAUUAAUUAUUUGAUGCUUGUAAUAUUAACUUUUUUUAGAUAAAUGUCCCCUUGUCUUAAAUGGAGUUAACUUUAGGGUACUAUCUGUUAUGUAAAAUUUUUUGAUGGUCAUAACGAAAGAUUAGCCUUAAUUUCAAUCUAACAUAUGUUAAAUGCUCAUUUAUCACAGAAAAAUAAAAUUAUCUAAGAAUUCGUAUUAGAAUAUCAAAAAAUGACUUUAAAAUGUACUUUGAGAUGCAUAAGUGUCAUUUAUAAUGUUAAUUUUCAACCUAAUUACUAAUAAUGUUUCACCGAAUUAAUUUCGUUUACAUUUUAUAUUUGUUCAACUUCAAUAAAUGUUAAACUGUUUUGUAUUUCACUGAUUGUUUGAUAUCCUUAAGAAUCUUCAUUUUAUUUUAAGUAAAAUAUGAAAUUUAUAAUUUUUCUCACUUUAAUGUUGUAAAGUGAGAAAUUUUGAUUUUAAAUUCUAUGUCAAUAAUUAAUAAAUGAGCAGCAUUUUCAUAUUAUGUCCUUUACAAUAUUUAGUGCUUCGUGCAGAGAUUAUUUUCUGAUUUUUAAGUAUUUUUAGUUUACUGUAUUCAGGAUUUUUUCAAAAUAAUAAUAGUCUGUAAUGGUUUUUUGGAAUAAAAAAAUAAAACAAUUUUCAAAGUUUGGAGUCUGACCUCCAAAUGUUUUGUGAAUAUUCUCUUCUAAUUUGUGUUGUGUUUUUUUAGCUUUUCCAGAUACUGCUUUGAAUGUUUGCAACAGCUGUCAUAUUUUAGGUGCAAAAGUUAAUAUUUUUCAGUAUGAACUUCCUUUUGUUUUUAGUACCGAUUUUAAUGCUUGAAUUUGUGCAUUUGAAGAAUAUUCUAAGGUCAUAUUUACACGCACAUUUAUAUCAGAGCUUGCUACUCUCAGUUUUUUCAAUGCAAGAUCAUUUUAAAAAAGCUUAAAACUACUCAUGUUAAAUGUUUUAUUUAGAAUUUUUUUUUUUUAUUGUUAAAGGUAGUUGAAAAUAUUCUAAUUAAUUGCUCAAACUUUAAUCGAAGAUCAAAAAAGAUAACAUUAUUUAAUGGGGGGAAUGCAUUCCAGGACCUGUUCUGUUUUUUAAUAUUUACUUAGAGCAUUUCAUCUUUUAAUAUUGUUCUUAUUGUUUCUUUUAUUAUGAACAUAAUGCAUGUCAUAGCAUCAUUUUAUUUGCUAUCAUAAAUUAUUUGAUCUUUAAUAUAAUGUAAGGAGUUCAUAAUUUUCCAUUCCUUAGAGUAUUAGUAUUUAAAAAACUAAUAAUUUAAGUUUUUAUCUGCUCAUCAAAAGAAAGUCUAUUUUCCAUUCUUAUACUUGUAACAAUUUUAUAAACUGCAUAUUUAUUCGACACAAAUUUUAACAAUUUUAAUAUUUGUUUAAUUUGAUUUUGAAAAUUGUGUUUUAGUUUCUAUGUCUUUAGCAAAGGCAUCUGUAUUUUUUUCAAUGUACUUGCAAAAAAUCAUCAUAACCCUCUUGUAUUAACGUUGAAAGAAGAAUUGUACGAAUUGCAUCUUUAUUAAAUCAACAAAAAGCCAUGGUGGUCAAAUUUGUUUUAGUCUGCUGUUCUCUGUUUACAUAUAUUAUGUAAUUUUUCUUUAGUUUGAUAUUUUUACUGAUUUUGUCUCUCCAACUGUGUAAAACUUUCGUAAUGACUCUCAUAUUUCAUUUUGCAUUAUCUUUUUUCCAAAUGAGCAAAAUUAACAUUUAAAAAUACAAUUCUUUCAGGGCUUUUGUUUAACAAUUCUAGAGUAAUUACUUUUUAAAAUUUGCAUCAUUCCAUUAAUUACUUUUAAAUAUAAUCUUAUUGUUAUUACAGUGCACAUAUGUAAGGAAUUACAUAAAAUUAUCUGUUUAAUUUCGUGCUUGGCAAUUUGUGAACCGCAAACAUUGUGAAUUCACCAUAUCCUUGAAUAGCUUAAAAGUGACUCCUGUUGAAGAAAAAUGAAAUUAUGCAAAAUGUACUGUAUGUUUAAACAAAUUUUUAUCCAUAGGUACUGUAUUUGCAAAUAAAAAUAUCAUAUAAAUUUUACCAUGUGAAAACAACCAUUGAUCUUACGUCGUGGGUAUUAUCACUUAUCUAUAUCAUCUAUUUUUUCAGUUAUAAAUUAUAUGGUACAUUUUAAAACAAAAUAUAUGCAACUGUAAAAUUUUCAACUAAUGUGAAUUCUUUAAGGGUUAUUUCUGCUUCUUAUAACAUCGUUCUUUGAAAGAAUUUUAUUGAACUUUGUUCAGUAAUUUAAAUUGUUUUCUUUUCUCCUCGAAUUUUUAUAAUUAACCAUUAUAAAAGUUCUUAAAUGGACUGUAUUUAAAUUGAGCUUUUCUAGUGUCUGCUAGAUGAUUUCACUAAUCUUUUUUUAAGCUCUAUUGUUUACACAUUUGUGCUAUAAAUAUAUAUAUAUAUAGAGAGAGAGACUGGUGAUAUUAUUUAUAACAUCAAGAUUGUAGAAAAUUACAUCUCCAUUGAACAAAAGCCUUUAGAUACCCAAAUUAAAAACAUAAACAAAAUUUUAUUUUAAGAAAAAUUGUUUAUACAUUUUUCAUACUUAUGUAUAAUGUUCCGAAAUAGUUUUGCAGGUUUUUUUAAAUCAUCAAAACCUUUUAAAAGAUGUUAAAUUAUCUGUGGAU